AACCUGCAGCCGCUUCCGGGUCCCGGCGCCAUUUGCAACGGCUGCAGGUUCUCACCGCUUGGACCCCGCCAGGACAAUGAGCUAUGACUACCAUCAGAACUGGGGCCGCGAUGAAGCCCCCCGUGGCUCGGGCGGAGGCCACGGUGGAAAUUAUGGCGGGAGUCAUGGCGGAGGCCGCGGAGGGAACCGCGGAGCAGGCGGAGGCGGUGGUGGGGGGCGAGGCGGUGGCCGCGGCAGGCAUCCCGGACACCUCAAAGGCCGCGAGAUCGGCCUGUGGUACGCCAAGAGGCAGGGGCAGAAGAACAAGGACGCCGAGAGGCAGGAGAGAGCCAUAGUGCACAUGGAUGAGCGUCGAGAAGAACAGAUCGUGCAGCUGCUGCAUUCGGUCCAAGCUAAAAAUGAAAAAGAUUCAGAAGCACAUAUAUCCUGGUUUGAUCCUGAAGAUCAUGGAUAUGGUACUGAAGCAUCUACUGAAAAUAAAGCAAACUCAGAGAAGAAACUUGAGGUCCAUGAAAAGAAAGUUCCAAAUCAAGAAAAGAAAGCUUUUAGAAUCAGGGACAAAUACAUUGAUCGAGAUUCUGAGUAUCUUUUGCAAGAAAAUGAACCAGAUGGAAACUUAGACCAGCAGCUGUUAGAAGAUUUGCAAAAAAAGAAAACUGAUCUUCGGUAUAUUGAAAUGCAGCAUUUCAGAGAAAAGCUGCCUUCAUAUGGAAUGCAAAAGGAAUUGAUAAACAUGAUCAAUAACCAUCAGGUAACAGUAAUAAGUGGUGAAACUGGCUGUGGAAAAACCACUCAAGUUACUCAAUUCAUUUUGGAUAAUUACAUUGAAAGAGGGAAAGGAUCUACAUGCCGGAUAGUUUGUACGCAGCCAAGAAGAAUCAGUGCCAUUUCAGUUGCAGAGAGAGUAGCUACAGAAAGAGCAGAAUCUUGUGGCAAUGGAAAUAGUACUGGAUACCAGAUUCGUCUCCAGAGUCGGUUGCCAAGGAAGCAGGGUUCUAUCUUAUAUUGCACGACAGGAAUAAUCCUUCAGUGGCUCCAGUCAGACCCGCGUCUGUCCAGUGUAAGUCACAUUGUGCUGGAUGAAAUCCACGAGAGAAAUCUACAGUCUGAUGUCUUAAUGACUGUUAUCAAGGAUCUGCUCAGUUUUCGACCAGACCUAAAAGUAGUACUGAUGAGUGCAACAUUGAAUGCUGAGAAGUUUUCAGAAUAUUUUGGUAACUGCCCGAUGAUACAUAUACCUGGUUUUACUUUUCCGGUUGUGGAGUACCUUUUAGAAGAUAUAAUUGAAAAAAUAAGAUAUGUUCCAGAACAGAAAGAGCACAGGUCCCAGUUUAAGAGGGGUUUUAUGCAAGGUCAUGUAAAUAGACAAGAGAAAGAAGAAAAAGAAGCACUAUAUAAAGAACGCUGGCCCGGUUAUGUAAGAGAAUUGCGAAAAAAGUAUUCCCCAAGUACUGUAGAUGUUAUAGAAAUGAUGGAUGAUGAUAAAGUUGAUCUGAAUUUGAUUGCUGCCCUUAUCCGACACAUUGUUUUAGAAGAAGAGGAUGGUGCAAUAUUGGUCUUUCUACCAGGCUGGGAUAAUAUCAGUACUUUACAUGAUCUUUUGAUGUCACAAGUGAUGUUUAAAUCAGACAAGUUUCUUAUUAUACCUUUGCAUUCACUGAUGCCUACAGUUAACCAGACACAGGUAUUUAAAAGAACCCCUCCUGGUGUUCGGAAAAUAGUAAUUGCUACCAACAUUGCAGAGACUAGCAUUACCAUAGAUGAUGUAGUAUAUGUGAUAGAUGGAGGAAAAAUUAAGGAGACACAUUUUGAUACCCAAAAUAACAUCAGUACCAUGUCUGCCGAAUGGGUUAGUAACGCCAAUGCCAAACAAAGGAAAGGUAGAGCUGGAAGAGUUCAACCUGGUAAGUGCUACCAUCUAUAUAAUGCUCUCAGAGCAAGCCUUCUGGAUGACUACCAACUGCCAGAAAUUCUGAGAACACCUUUGGAAGAACUUUGUUUACAAAUUAAGAUUUUACGGCUAGGUGGGAUUGCCCAUUUUCUGGGUAGGUUAAUGGAUCCACCAUCAAAUGAAGCAGUGUCACUCUCUAUAAGACAUCUGAUGGAAUUGAAUGCUUUGGAUAAGCAAGAAGAAUUGACCCCUCUUGGUGUCCACUUAGCACGAUUGCCAGUUGAGCCACAUAUUGGGAAAAUGAUUCUUUUUGGAGCCCUGUUCUGUUGCUUAGACCCAGUACUCACCAUUGCUGCUAGUCUCAGCUUCAAAGAUCCCUUUGUCAUUCCACUGGGAAAAGAAAAGAUUGCAGAUGCAAGAAGAAAGGAAUUGGCAAAGGAUACAAAAAGUGACCACCUAACAGUCGUGAAUGCAUUUGAGGGCUGGGAAGAAGCUAAACGACGAGGUUUCAGAUAUGAAAAAGAUUAUUGCUGGGAAUAUUUCCUGUCUUCAAACACACUACAGAUGUUGCAUAACAUGAAAGGGCAGUUUGCUGAGCAUCUUCUUGGAGCUGGAUUUGUAAGCAGCAGAAAUCCUAAAGAUCCAAAAUCUAACAUAAAUUCAGACAAUGAGAAGAUAAUUAAAGCUGUCAUCUGUGCUGGUUUAUAUCCUAAAGUUGCUAAAAUUCGACCAAAUUUGGGUAAAAAAAGAAAAAUGGUAAAAGUUUACACAAAAACUGAUGGACUAGUUGCUAUUCAUCCUAAAUCUGUUAAUGUGGAACAAGUAGAGUUUAACUACAACUGGCUUAUCUAUCACCUGAAGAUGAGAACAAGUAGUAUAUACUUAUAUGACUGCACAGAGGUCUCCCCAUACUGCCUCUUAUUCUUUGGAGGUGAUAUUUCCAUCCAGAAGGAUAAUGAUCAGGAAACUAUUGCUGUUGAUGAAUGGAUUGUCUUUCAGUCUCCAGCAAGAAUCGCAAAUCUUGUUAAGGAAUUAAGAAAGGAACUAGAUACCCUUCUGCAAGAAAAGAUUGAAAGUCCCCAUCCUGUUGACUGGAAGGAUACUAAAUCCAGAGACUGUGCAGUACUGUCAGCUAUUUUAGACUUGAUCAAGACACAGGAAAAAGCAACUCCCAGGAACUUUCCACCACGAUUUCAGGAUGGAUAUUACAGCUGACAGCUUUGCUACAGUGGCCUGAAAAGUCAGUGUGACCAUUGCUUCUCAUCAUUUUAAAUUUUGGCUAGAUGCCAAACCUUGGGACAUGAAUGAUUUUCCUGUGUAAGGUAAUAAACCUUCGGUAGAUAGUAAAGUCUUAAUGUGCAUGACUUAAUGUUAUCUCUAUUUUAAAUGUACUAUAAGAAGUAGUAGAGUCUGACUAUAUUCUGUCUUACCGCCCUUUGGAUGUAGCCUCUUAAAUAUACAUUAUAUAUAAUUGAGCGUUGUACCACUUAAGUUUCUUUGAUAUAAAAAAUUAAUCUUUGCCUAUUAUAAUUGACUAAAGAACCAGAAAAAAUGGAUUGGUUAGCACUUCUCCCCUCCAAAAAAAAUGUCAUGGAUAAAUUUGAGCACAGCCAAAUUUUUUAAAUGAAAUUUCUAUCAAAAACAUUGAUUUGUUAUAAUAAAAUCUAGUAUUUAAUAAAAUGUACAGUGUAAAUUUCAGCUAA